AUGGGCAUAACUAUGGAAGCUCUUGAAUUGUAUCACAUGGCACAUAUUAGAAGCCCUCAUUUUUGCAUCCAAACAUUUGUCAAAACUAUGUGUGAUCUACAUGGAGUAUCUGACAUGGUAAUGAAAUCUAUCCAGCGAGACUCACCUAACUGGCAUCUCAGACAUACCUGUCUGGCUUGUUCUUAUGUGCUGGCUGAUGAGGAACAGCUGACCUUCAAAAUGCUUUACACCAUGGACAAGAAUGAUUCAUUGAAGCAGGUGAUUCGUCGAACUCUCAACAACAACAACUUGGACUCUGUUGGCAUAUCCUCUGAACUCCCUACUGGCCAACUACUCACCAGCAACCACUACCUGUCUUGUAGUUUUGUCAACCAGUUUGCCCAGAACUUGCUAUCAGCAACAAGUGAUGAUGUGAACAUGGUACAGAGUGGGGAGCUUGCAAAAUACCCCUUAGCCGUGGUUGCUAGGAUGCUCAAGGUGUUUGGUGAUGAUUUAGGUGCUGGGUAUGAUAUCAGCUGUCAGUUCAAGAUUACUCUCAACAACAGCUCUCUUGGACCACUCAUAUGCUCACUGCAUCACCUGUGCCUUCUUUCUUCCUUGACAACCUAUAUUAAAGGCCUGGGACUCAAGGACCUCGAAACAUGUGAGCAUACAUUCUCAAAGUCCAAUUCCCUUACAUCUGCACUACAUUAUGCCAGUGUAUUUCAUCAUCAACAAGCUAUUGACUCAUAUUUUGAUCACAAUGACAAUAUUGAGGUGUAUGGAAAUCUUUCCAAUUUUCUGCACUGCAAUUACAAGCAAGCCCUCAAUAUUUUAGCAACUGGCAAUGUCAUGCAAGAUCUCAAGAUCAGAGACAAUAGUGUGUUUGAAAGUUGGUUGGAUGAAGAAAAAGCUUAUCUCAAUGGAUUGUCUCAAGAGCCCGAAGAAGAAAUGUUACAGAUAGAAUACUGGCAGAGGUUAUGUCAUGCUGUUGAGGAUUAUGAUAGGAACCUGAAGCUUGUUCAAGCACUAGAGUACAAACUGGAAGUAAGUACACGCUGGGUUCCAGAAAAUACAGACUGGCAGAAGGUAGGGAGGCUCAUAGCAAACAGGAAAUACCAAUGUGCACUGGACCAUCUGGAGGGCCUGGUUGUUGCAUGUAUCUUUGAGCUUACAAAGAUGAAUAGGGCAGGGACAGGUUAUAAACUUCACAAACACAUUGUGAAAGCAUUGCAAACCCCCUCUGUGGCUAUCAGAGCUGCCCUCAAUACUUACAAUGCCAUUGCUAGUGCAAUGGCCACUCCCCAGCAAACACUCCAGUGGGAGGAGGUUGUCAACUAUGCUUUCCUUACCAACUUUGACUUGUUAUGCAAUGCAUGGGCAGAUGUUUCACAACUCCUUGAUGAGGACAGCUAUCUGCAAUUCUCCAGUCCAGCUCUUGCCAAUCAACUUGCCAUUCACCAUAACAUCCAAGGGCACUUCAAUGCACACCAUUUGAAGUGGCUUCACAACAUAUCAAUGCUCCCAGGUUUUAGCAAGACUCUGGUCCCUGGCUUAAGCACACAUACCAGUCCAGGAGAGAGUGCCAGCAUGCCAGAUAUAAUCCCUGCCAAUAUACUUGCUGGCCCAAUCCUCAUGCCUAAGCCAUCAUUCCCAUACAUGCAGAUACACAUGAGGACCUGGAUGAGGAAGAGCAGGAAGAAGAGUUAG